AUGGUCCGCAACGGCCAACAAUGGGACCUUGGCGAGCCCGAUCUCAACGACCGCGGCCAACCCGUAAUCCAUAACAUCGCUCAGAAGCUCGGCUGCAUACGACCCAACAGCGACAUCGACCUCCCCGUUCACUCCGUCUUCCCAGAGGAUGAGCAAGGCCUCUCUGAGCUCGCGCGUCAACUCGAGGAGCAACAACAGCACGAAAAGGCUGCACACGGCGCUGAGCAUGACGCAAGGACGGACCGCGCGAGCUCCUCCGAUCUGGACCAUUCCGACUUCGAGGACUACCGGAAAGUGGCGUUCGGCGGUGGUCGCCAGGCAAGCAGCACCAUGACCCUAUCACCCGCGAGCUUGACAUACGACUCCUUCGAUGGCUACUCCGCACCAUCAACAGACAGCCUUCCGAGCACGACGUCACCAACGCACCAAGUGCCAGCAUCUUUUGGGCCGUGGAUGCGGACACCUUCGAUGGGAUAUGAACCUCAGUAUAUACAGCCAUCAGGGGCAUUUGCAGGCAUGGACAUGCUCAACCAGGGAUUGCUCGAGUCGGAGUUUGGCACCAUCAAGCCCCAUGUUUUGUCAUGUCCCAACCCAGAAGUGAUGUUGGGUAUCGGGGAUCCAAUGAUCUACUCUGGAUUCGAUCCUGAAGGGAUGCGACUAUGA